CAGAAAUUCCCUUCUUAAUUAAACUAACGUGAUCAAUUGGUAAAAUUAGCUAGCUUUCCGGCGCGCUCUUGUCCGAACAUCAUGUCGUCGAUUACGGAGGCCAUCGAUCCCGACGAGCGAACACCUCUUCUCCGGAGCUCCUCGCCGGAAGCUCCGACAGUCCACUCCCUCAAUAGCUUGCCAGAAAUCACUGUUUUAACGACGGAAGCAAGACAUAUGCCUUCAAGUGAUUCGAAAGAACGCCUAGCCUCUCUCGAUGUCUUUAGAGGUCUCACUGUUGCCCUGAUGAUUUUGGUUGAUGACGCCGGAAAAGCUUUUCCGGCUAUAAAUCACUCCCCGUGGUUUGGGGUAACACUUGCGGACUUUGUGAUGCCUUUUUUCCUCUUUGGUGUUGGUCUUUCAGUGAGUCUAGUGUUCAAGACAGUUUCUAGCAAAUCAGCGGCAACCAAGAAAGUUUUGCUGAGGACGAUUAAGCUUUUUCUCUUGGGAGUCUUUCUACAAGGUGGGUACUUUCACGGCAGAAGUGAUCUAAGUUAUGGAGUUGAUAUAGUGAAGAUUAGAUGGAUGGGCGUGUUACAGCGGAUUUCAAUUGGAUAUCUCCUCUCAUCAGUCAUGGAGAUUUGGCUUGUUAGCAACACUCCUGCCGAGUCACCAAUGAAAUUUGCAAGGAGAUACUGGUGCCAAGCCCUGGUUGCAGUUUUACUCGGUAUCUUGUACAUGGGCUUACUAUAUGGCCUCUAUGUUCCAGACUGGCAAUUUAAAUCAGGUAGCCUCAGCGGCAGCUCAAUAGCACCACAGUAUACAUCAAAUACACAGACUGUCCAUUGUAGUGUGCGGGGAAAUCUGGAACCUCCUUGCAACGUGGUUGGCUUCAUUGAUAGACUUGUUCUAGGUGAAAACCAUCUCUAUCAACGUCCUGUGUAUAGAAGAACCAAGGAAUGCAGUAUCAAUUCGCCUGAUUAUGGACCAUUGCCUCAAAAUGCACCUGGAUGGUGUCUUGCUCCAUUUGACCCUGAGGGUAUUUUGAGUUCAUUAAUGGCUGCCAUAACAUGUCUUCUUGGAUUACAUUAUGGGCACAUCCUUGUCAAAGUCAAGGAUCACAUGCAAAGGAUAUUACUUUGGUCCAUAUUCUCCUUCUUUUUAUUGAUUGUUGGAUAUUUGUUGGUGGUUGUAGGGGUUCCUCUUUCUAAGCCACUCUACACAUUGAGCUAUAUGUCCAUCACUGCAGGAGCUUCAGGCAUUGUUUUCACUUUCAUAUAUUAUGUUGUUGAUGUCAUCCAUUUGAGGAAGCCCACAGUUAUAUUUCAGUGGAUGGGAAUGAAUGCUCUUAUCGUCUAUGCAUUAGCUGCUUGCGACCUCUUUCCUGCAGCUCUCCAGGGUCUGUAUUGGCGUUCAACUGAAAACAAUCUUGUUGACAGCUCAGAGAGGCUAUUGCAAGGAGUGUUUCAUUCAGAGAAGUGGGGUACCCUGGCUUUUGUAUUGCUGGAGAUUCUGUUUUGGGGCAUCAUAGCUGGGCUCCUGCACUUGAAAAAGCUCUACAUUAAACUCUAAAAUUGUAAGUGCUCAUUCUCUUUGUUGAUGAAACUUGUACGACCUCACCAUGUGCUCAUUCUCCCUGAUUAUUUUUGUAACAUUGUGCAUUAUUUGAAGUCAAACAUAAUGUGUUCAUCACUGCAAGUCUAGUUGUA